UAUGUCCGUCUAAAGAGAUUUUGAACCAUUAAUCUGACCGUCAGUCAGUUUCAUGCACUUAUUUUACUGAUAAAAAUGGCCUCGACUCCAUCGCCGCACAACCGGAGCAGAAGCGACGAUGAAGAUGAUCCAGUGGAUCAGAUGAUCGCCCGGACCGGCUGCGCGGAACUGCAUUACUCGCUGCAGGAGUGCAUGGCAGAGAAGCAGGACUGGAGGAAAUGUCAGACUUUAGUUCAGAGGUUUAAAGAGUGCAUGUCCACCUACCAAAACACUCGCAAAGAACAGCUGCUUAAACAGAGAGGCUCAAACGCACAAUCUUCUUGAUGCACAGACUUUUGUACAGUAAAAUGUUAAAGGACAUCGCUGAUAUCUCAGUUUCUUAUUAAAGUACGUGCAGCACUGGUUGUCAUUGCCUAAAUUAUGUACAAUAUCAUAAAAAAAAUCAAUAUUUCAUAUUAUAUCAUUGCAAUUUCAAAGUACAGAUUUAUUUUGUACACUAGAUCAACUGUUUAUGAUGACAAUGUAUCUGCAGAAGGAAAGUCUGUUUAUGAAAUUGAACAAUGGGACUCUGGGAAGUAUUCAAGAUAAACUUACACCAAAAACUGUAAAAUGACUUUCCUGGGCGUUUAUAUACUGAAUAAAUAAAGAUAAAUCACAGGU